UAUAAUCAGGUAGUGACAUCGGUUUCCACGGUUUCCAUUUUCUCAUAAGAUGCUAUCGGGUGUUAUUGACAAGAGGGCUGAUUAGCUUAGCAGAAAAGACUAUAUGAUAAUGAUAGUUUUCACUUUUUUGGUAUUUUUUAUUUACAUGUAAUGUUUACGGAUAAUCUCUGGCAGUCCACGUGAGAAGAAAGAAAGCUCAUAUUCGUGGCUUUUUGACGCUUGGACAAAAAGACAGAAGGUGUUGAUGAAUUGGCAGUUGUACAACAGCUUAUUUGUUAUGAUGUUCAAACAAAUUCAGCAGUCAGCAUGAGUGCCUCUGCACUGAGAAUAGGAGACCAGCUGAUCCUGGAAGAGGAUUAUGACGAGAACUACAUUCCAUCUGAACAAGAAAUCCAUGAAUAUGCCCGUGAAAUCGGGAUUGACCCGGAGCGGGAGUCAGAGCUUUUGUGGCUGGCCAGAGAGGGCAUAGUUGCCCCACUACCUGCAGAGUGGAAGCCCUGUCAGGAUGUGACCGGAGAUGUUUACUACUUCAACUUCUCCACCGGUCAGUCCACAUGGGACCACCCGUGUGAUGAGCAGUAUCGCCGCCUGGUGACUCAGGAGAGGGAGCGCAGCUCAGGCUCUGUUUAUGUCAAGAAAGACAAGGAGAAGAAGAAGAAGAAAGAGAAGAAAAAGGAGAAAAAAAAGAGCGAACCUGAGGGUCUGAAAGCAUCAGGACCUCUAGGUCCUCUUGCUCCUCUCAGAAGUGUAUGUGACACUCCGGUUCCGGCACUCCGUGGUUCCCUAGGCAGCUCCUCCGGCCUCCAACCUCUGAAAGCUUCAGUAGGGGGCUCCGGGAUGAGCUCCAGUUUGCAGAGGGGACGUCAAGAGGAGCGUCCAUCUCUGGCCCCGCCCACAUUUUAUUCAGACGAUGAAGAGGACGAAGAAGAAGUACGGGAAAAGAUCUCCAUGCCCCAUAGUCCGAGUGGUACAUCACGUCUUCUACAGAAUCUCCACCUCGACUUGGGUGCUCUGGGAGGAGGACUGCAGUACGAGGAUAGUGAGGUGAGCGGCACAGCUCCGGCUGAGGAGAAAACCGAACCAGAGCUUCAAGAUCUUGCUCUGUCAGGAGAAAUCAGCGUAAACCCUCCAUCUCCAUCUCAGGACUCACUACGAGGGCGUCGCCACUCCCCCAAGCAGCUAGGGGGCAGCAGAGACUGCAGCAGCGCCGACGUUUUCCCUCCGAGUCGGCAGGAUGAGAGCAUUGCUGAGGACGAAUUGAUCCCAGUAGAGGAGGAAGGUGAAGAACAAACAAGGAGUGAGAAGAGAAGUGAGGAGGAAGAAGAAGAAAUAGAGGUGGAAGGGCAAAGUGAGAGGGAUGAGGAAGAGAAAGAGGAGGGAAAGUGGCAGAGAAAGGAAUCCGGAAGUGAAAUGAUUGAACAGUUGGACAGAGAGACACAGAGUGACAUGGAGACACCGAAAGCAAGGGAUGAGAUAGAGGAGAGGAAAACACCAAACAGCGAUAAGGUAAUGGAGAGAUACGUAGACCAGGUGGAGUACUCCGGAGAGGAAGAGGAACAGAGUGAGAUGGAUGAAAAAGAAAUGAGGGAAGAAGGAGAGAAAGAUUGUGAAAGGGAGGACAGCAAUGGCGUCACAAAGGAGAAAGAGAUAGGGGAGAGAUGCAGAAGUAGUUCAGAAGAAAAGGGAGAUGAAGCAGAUGUCAGUAGGAGCGAGGGAGAGGAGAAAAUGAGUUUGAAGCAUACCGAGGAAGAUGAGGGGAACAAUGGCGAGUCGAAUGUCACAAAGAUGUCUGAGAGCGAGGAUGAAGAGAUCGAACGAGUAGAGAGCAAAAAAGAAAAUCCAGACACGCCGCUCCAGCAGAAGGACAUGCUGGGAAAAAAGCGGCUCCCUCGCUGUGAUCGGCUUCGCAGUGAGGAGUCGGAGAUCAGCGAACAUGUCAAAGUUGUGUCCAGACAUUCUGCUGACAUGAAGGUGGGGUUCCGGUCCAAGUUUUCAGAGAAUGUUCUUGACCUGUCUGAUCUCUGCCUGGCUGAUUCCAAAGCAGCUCCAAAACAAAAAGAAAAGUAUGGCAGGAGAGAUGCAUAUAACUAUGAGAAGAAGGAGGAAGAGAUGAGAAGGGAAGCUGAAAAGAGCAGUCAUAGAAAGGGCUUAGGUUUGGACGACUGGCUCUGUGAUCACACUCGGGAACCACCGUCAUCUUCCUCUGUCUCUGAGCGUGAGGACGCAAAAGGAGAAAGAAAAACGAUGGUUGAGGUGGAGGAAAAGAAAAGGAAGCAUGAGGCUGAAGACAGAACUAAAAGAGAACAGAAAGAGAUUGAAGGGGUGGAGGACAGAAGGAGGCAUGAAGAUAAGCAGAGUAUGAGGAGGGAAGAGGAAGAGGAGGAAACACAGAGGCAGAUGAAGGAGGAAAGGUUGAGGGCGGUGGAGGAGCGCGACAGAAGACUGUGCCUCCUCCGAGAGGAGCUGAGAAGAGAAGAGGAAGAGGAGGAGCGAAGGAUCAGGGAGGAGAAUGAGGAAAGGAUCAGGGCCCUUAAGGAGCGGCUGCAGAGAGAGAGGCAUGACGAGGAGAAGCGUCUGGAUCAGGAAACGCACACCAAAAUACAGCAACUCCAGGAGCAGGCGCUAAGGGACAGAGACGCACACCUACACAAACUCAGGGAGGAGAAUGAGGAGAGGGUGAGAGAGCUGCGUGCUGAAUUAGAGGCAGAGCGAGAGAAACUGGAGGCACAGAGGAGGCAGGAAUUGGAGAAAAUGAGGGAGGAGUCAGAAGAGGAGCUGAAGGCUGAGAAAAAGCGGCUUCAAGAGAGGAGGGAGGAGCAGUUAUCUUCACUCAGACUGGAGGAGAAGACAAGCGACGGACAGCAAGACCUGAGAAGUCCUCGACCUCAACAGCAGCUAUUGGCGUAUAAAAGAGAGCUGUCUGAUGUGCUGCAGGAAGUGAGGGAGGAAGUACAGAGGGAGCACAGCAGGAAGCUGGAGCAGCUUAAAGAGGAGCAUCGAAAUCAGCUGCAGGCCAUCAGAGAAAUGCACUUGGAGGAGGAGAGUAACGAGAGGGAGCGUGUGAUGCACGCACUACAAGAGGAGAGGGCACAACUUCUCACCUCACACACAGCUCAAGUCGAGCAGCUUAGAAUGCAGCUGGACACACAGCUCCACAACCUGCGCAGAACACACACUCAGAAGGAAGCUGAAGUGCAGGGGUUGAUUGAAAAACUAGAGCUGAAGACCAAAGAUCUAAAAAUUCAAGAAUCAAGACUCCUAGCUCAGGCAUCAGAUUUAGAAAAGAGGCGGAAACAGCUGGAUGGGGAAGAAUAUGAACUUGAGAGGGGCUUAGAGACUCUUCCACGUCUCCUGAAAGAGAGAGAUCAUCUUCUUUCCGAUCUGGAGAGAGCGAGACAGGAGAGUGACCGAGAGAGUAAAGAGAGAAUGAGGGAGAGGGAGGAGAUGGAGAGAGAAAGGAAGAGAGAGUGGGAGGAAAAUGAAAGCGUGAAAGAAGAAAGAGAUAGACUGCAGAGCAAAGUGAACCUGCUGCAGGACAAAUAUGAUCGUCUCAUGCGAAGAGUCCGUGAGUUGGAGCAGAGAGAGACUGCAGGUUGUGAGGAAGAGGAAAAGAAAGAGCGAGAGAGAGAGGACGAGAGAAAGAACAAAGAGAGUGAGGAGUCACUGCGAGUGGAGGAUCUGGAGCCUUCUCCAUCCCAUGGCACUCGCAGCAACAUGGAGGAGCUGCGUGAUUUCAUCACAAGUGAGAAUGUCUCUCUGCAGAGAGCCAGACAAUUUUUAGACCGUCAGAGUGGCAAUCUGAGAGAGAGACAGGCGGUGCUCAAGGCAGCCCGGACCACCCAUCAGGACCCCACCCCGGGGGUUCAUUUACUCCCCCAAAACCUCCAGCAGGAGGCGAGUCAUUUGGAAGAGCUGAAGCAAACUGUGCAGAAGGGGCACACGCUACUGAGAAAGAAAGAGGAGAGGCUGAGCCAACUGGAGAACUCGCUGGUCGAGGAGCUGUCCUGUGAUGAUGCAGAGAGGAUGGAGGCAGAGCGGAGAGUCACGUUUGAUGUUACAGAUUCAGAAACGAGCAGUGUGUACGGUCAGGAAGGAACAGUUCCAGUAAAGGUGCAGCAGUUAGCUGACUCGCUGCAGCAGAUCUCCAGCCAGCUGAACACCGUCUUAGGAGCACUGGGAUCUCUGACCCAAAGCACAUCCACAUCCACGUCCUUUCCACGAAGCUCCACACUUCCUCCUGCUCCGUCCUGGGCGUGGUCUCCAAACACCUCCUCGUUCUCCGGAGCCAAGCAGAACGGGUUUUCACACAGCAGCGUUAACGGGGUCACGACAAUGAGUGGCUCUGAUCUGCUGCUCAACUCCAACUGGAGAAAACUCCUCCCUGGGGUUUCCAUGGACAACUCCUUUUCCACAAGAGCUCACACAGCAUAUUCUGGAUACAUGCCAACAAGUCUCUCUUCCAUGAUGCAGUCUAAAUCAUCAGAGUUGGACAGUCUGAGACUGCAGGGACUAAUUGAGGGCAACAAAAGAUGGUUGGAGACACGACGGAAAGACACUAAUGUACCUCUGUUCACACGCUACCAGGUUCCCCCAUCUACAAAUGGUUUGGUCCAACUCAGCUUGGAUGAAAAUAAUCAGAUCAGAGUGCACCAUUUCUGAAAUGGGGGGGGGGGUCACUGAGGUCACAUGAGGUCACUGAAAGACAGAAUAGAGUGUGUGUAUGAGAGAGAGAGAGAGAGAGAGAGAGAGAGAGAGUGAGAGAGUACAAAUGUCUUCCUCAGGUGAGAGCCGUUUUAAUCAAUGAACUCUAGAUCACACAUCGGAUCAAAUAACUUCCUUCCCACAAGAAAAGAAAGGGUAGACGUGUGCCGUAGGUUGGAACACACCCUCAGACCAACUGAUGUUAAAUGUAGUUGGGCUAGCUCAGAACCCUUGAUUGGGAAUUGAACCGAAGAUCAUUUUAAAUAACACAAGGUUAUUUUUAAAAACCACAGAGAGGUAAUGAAAUAUUAAGGCACGGUAUGGUCCAUUAAUGUAUUUGUUAUUCAAAAAAAAUUCUUCAUUUUUGUUUUUGUGAAGUGGUACACAAAAAAAAUCACAAAAGACAAUCUUAGGGACAUUUCAAUGUCCUAGAUUUUAUAAACAUCAUUACAUUAUACUCUCUACAGACAAAAUCACCAGCAUUUUAAACUCUCUUGAACAGAAGUGUGUUUGUUUUUUAAUAGGUUUACAUACAUAUUCCUGUUUUUGUGUAGAUACGACUUUGUAACAGUUAUUUUUGUACAAGCUGAAUAAACCUGUGGUGUGUUUUUG